GUUGGAAAUUCCGCAAUUGAGCACAAAAAAAAAAAAAAAAGAAAAAAAGAAGGAAAACCUUGUCUUCCUCCCCACGCAGUCCUAAAUAAACAAUCAUCAAAAAGAGAAAAGACGAAAGAAGAAGAAAGAUAGAAAGGAAGGAGAAAAAAUCAACCGCUUUGGCCUUUGCGGUUGUCCAAAGCCAUCCAUCUCAGGUUUAUAGACAACUCCUAUUUCCCUUCCGAUCCUCAGCUCUUUCACUGAAGCCGCCAUUCAAUUCACACAUAAUUACACACAUACGUGCCGCAUAUUAUUUCACACAGUUCUAGGGUUUGAUUGUUUAUAUUUAGCUACAAAAUUUCAGUACAAAUGAAACCAAUACGGCUUCCCGAACCUCCGGCAAGUCCACGAAGAAUGGGCGGUGUGCCGGAUAUAUUCGAAGGCGGAGUACAUGGCGUGAUUAGACGAGCUGUUAUCAUCGGCACUGGUUUUCCUGCUUCUGAGAACCAAAGUAUUGGCUUGGUUCAAGCUCUCGGACUCUCCGACAAACACACUUUAUAUCGCGUUACAAGACCAAGAGGAGGAGUCAAUGAGUGGCUACACUGGCUUCCUGUAUCUCUUCACAAAAGGUUGUAUUACAUCAUAAGCCAGAUAUGUAGGCUUCUAUUGAGAAGUAGGGCUAGAAAACUGGGACCUUUCCCUUGGGAAAAUGGUGGCAAUGCAGGCUUAUCAUCUAUUUUGGAAGCUGAUGUGAAGAGUAUAGUUAGAAUGGCUUGCGAGACAUUUGAGAAGGAUGGUCCAUUGCUGGUGGUUGCAUCUGGAAGAGAUACGAUCUCAAUAACUAGCUCCAUUAAAAGAUUGGCAUCUGAUAAUGUUUUUGUUGUCCAGAUUCAGCAUCCAAGGUCCCGUUUGGAUAGAUUCGACUUGGUAAUCACGCCCAAGCAUGACUAUUAUCCUUUAACUCCUCAAGGAAAGGAACAAGUUCCUCGUUUUCUGCACAAGUGGAUAACACCCCAUGAACCACCUGAUAAGCAUGUUGUACUUACAGUAGGAGCUCUACAUCAAGUUGAUUUUACUGCACUUAGAGCUGCAGCUAUCACCUGGCAUGAAGAGUUUGCACCUAUGCCAAAGCCGUUACUGGUGGUCAACAUUGGAGGCCCAACAAGAUACUGCAGGUAUGGGCCAGACCUUGUUAAGCAAUUAACAGCCUCCCUUCACAAUGUUCUUGCAAGCUGUGGGACCAUAAGAAUAUCCUUCUCCAGAAGGACACCAGCAAAGCAUCCCUAUAUCGUGGUCAAAGAGCUUGGUGCAGAUCCAAAAGUAUACAUUUGGAAUGGUGAAGAGCCAAAUCCACACAUGGGGCAUCUGGCUUGGGCGGAUGCUUUUGUCAUCACAGCGGAUUCAGUUAGCAUGUUGAGUGAGGCUUGCAGUACUGGGAAGCCUGUGUAUGUAGUUGGAGCUGAACGCUGUACGUGGAAGCUCACAGAUUUCCACAAGACACUCAGAGAGAGGGGACUGACUAGGCCAUUCACAGGACUUGAGGAUAUGUCAGAAAGCUGGAGUUACCCCCCGCUCAAUGAUACUUCUACUGCAGCUACUCGUGUCAAUGCAGCUCUUGCUGAAAGAGGAUGGAAGAUUAAAGCAUAGAAUCCCCUGGUGUAUAUUGUUGUUGUCACAGUUUUUUUUUUUUUUUUUAAUGAUGUGUUCAGAGCUGAGGUCAUGUAUUAUGAUUGAUCUAAUCUUAUAGGAGGAAAAAGAAAUAAUUGUCAGAUAAAAUCAGAGUUGAACAAUGAGGCUCCUAUUCUUUUACCCAUUGAGGGUUUUUGGCACAUAUUGACAAAAUAAAACGUCAAUCUUUAUAUGUAAAGCAGAAGCAAUGGAUGGCUUGGAGGAAUGUUUUGUUUCACGGUUUGGUUUCCUCAAGUCAUAAAAGAUCAAAAUUUAACAAGUUCAAAUAUUAUUCUGCUUUGUUGUAACUUUCCACAAUAUAUUUUUUUGUUCACGCACGGA